GUUCUCAAUGGACUGAGGGUUUGUGAACGACGCCGAAAAGACUAGCCACCACCGGAACACUUUCGUGCCUUUCGGCUGUGUGUGGAUUAACUUUUGAUGUUUUACUCGCGCUGGCUUCGACCCUCGCUGUGGAUUUGCAGAGCUGGGCAAAGGCAACCAGAAGUGCAGCGCCCUGGAAAAGCGACAAACUCCGCACGGAGUUUUCCAAGAGUUGGAAAAAUAUCGGCAUUGUUUUCCCAUAUUCCAGACGGAACCGCGAGGCGAGAGGUGGAGAACUCGGUCCAUAUACAAAUGUAGUCAAUUUUGGAGAGUUCGAGUCUUCGGGGAGAUCUGGUACAGUCGCGCUUUUGUUUCGUCUCGAGGGAUCUUCAUUUGUAGGGAAAGUAGGAUACUUGUAGCCGCAGCCAAUGCCUGCUCAUAUUUCCUGAAGUUAGCUAUGUGUGUGUUAUCUGUAGUUGGCUGCAGCUGUCUUGCCGAGUACUCGAAGUAAAGUAGGCCUGGGUCUCGCUCUCCUGUUUUUUUUUUGUCGCGAUUGGAUUAUUUUGACACCAACACGAGUCUCGGAGCGCAUUCCUGAACUAUGGAUAGUGUUGUUUUUCGCGUCCGCGGACCAGCAGGGAUUGCGGAGAGAGGCUGAGUUUUCGACUGAACCCUUUUGGAUAACAAAGGAUGUCCGGACUUCGAGUUGGACUGAUCGACGCCGAGGGCUCGGUUCUUAAUCCGCGCGACAAAUGGACGAGCAAAUGGGGCGCGCUGGGGAGAGGAGAUGUCCACAUUGACCUGUCCAAGUAGAGCCUUUUGCAUUUCGAGGCGUUUUAAAUUUUAGUGUUGCUAGUGUGCUCGGCUUGCGAAGCCAUUGAGGAGAAAAAACCUUGGAGGGGCUUGUUUAUUUAUAUGCUAAUCUGCACUCCUCCCGCUCGUCACCGCUGUCUGCUUCGGAGCUUUUCCGCGAUGUGGCUCGGCUGGGCGGGUGUCCUGCAACUGCUCGCCGUCUGGGCGCUGUGUGCUGAGGGCCAGUCGGUAGCAUCUGCUUGUAAAUCCUCUGAAGAGCGCGCCAGGAACGCAGGGAAGAGCGCCGUACCGGCGACCUCCGCCGACCGGAGAGUAGUGUGCAGCAGCAUGGAACUCCGUCAGGUGCCCCAGCCAGACAGCUUCCCCAACCGCACCGUCACCCUGAUUCUGACCAACAACAAGAUCCAGGAGCUAAAGAAUGGCUCCUUCCUGGGCCUGGGCCUGCUGGAGAGGCUGGAUCUUCGGAGUAACCUCAUCAGCAGACUGGAACCUGGAGCCUUUCAGGGCUUGUCCUCGCUCAAACGCCUGGACCUGUCCAAGAAUCUGAUUGGCUGCUUAAAUGGAGACAUUUUCAGUGGCCUUGGUACCCUGGUCAGGCUGAACCUGACAGGAAACGUGUUCUCCUCCCUCCCCCCCGGGACUUUUGACAGCCUCAUGUCUCUGAAGACGCUUGAGUUCCAGACGCCAAACCUGCUGUGUGACUGUAACCUGGCGUGGCUGGUCCGCUGGCUGAAGGAUCGAGGUGUCACAGUGAAGGACACCAGUUGCUCAUACCCACGGUCACUGCAGGGUCAACUCAUCACCACACUCAAACCAGACACACUCACCUGUGACGUGCCACUGGAGCUGCCGUGGUUCCAGAUGGUUCCGUCUCAGCAGCAGGUGGUGUUCCAGGGGGACUCUCUGCCUCUCCAGUGCCACGCUGCCUUCGUCUCCGCCGACAUGCAGGUGCUCUGGUACCACAAGGGCCAAAUGGUGCAGCCCAACGCCACGCUGGGCAUCUACAUCGAGAAGAGCGCUGUCCACAACUGCUCUCUCAUUGCCAGUGCUCUGACCAUCUCUAAUGUCCAGUUGGCGUCGGAGGGCAGUUGGGAGUGCCGCGUGCGCACCAGUCGGGGCAACAACACGCGCACGGUCAACAUCAUGGUGCUGGACGGCUCCGCCCAGUACUGCCCCCCCGACCGCGUCUCCAACAACAAGGGGGAGUUCAGAUGGCCGCGUACGUUGGGGGGCAUCACUGCGUCCCUGUCGUGCGGGCGUCCCAAGGGGGGGGCGGGGAUCUACCUGGGGGGCCCAGUGGACGAGCACGUUGCCUGGCGACGCUGCAACAGGGGCGGGGCCUGGGGGGACGGCAACUACAGCCGCUGCCCUUACGAGAAGGACGUCACACGCAUCCUCUACAUCAUCAACCAGAUGCCGUUGAAUCUGACCAACGCUGUGUCCACAGCACGGCAGCUGCAGGUCUACACAGAGGAGGCGGCCAACUUCUCCGACAAGAUGGAUGUCAUCUUUGUGGCCGAGAUGAUCGAGAAGUUUGGGAAAUUUGCAGAGAAGUACAAAGAGUUGGGGGACGUGAUGGUGGACAUCUCCAGUAAUCUGAUGAUGGUGGACGAGCGCGUGCUGUGGUUGGCCCAGAGGGACGCGAGGGCGUGUUCCCGCAUCGUGGAGAGUCUGCAGAAGAUCGCCUCUCUCCGAUUGGCCAGCGGAGCCCAGCCUGUGAUGUCCCAUAACAUAGCGUUGGAGGCCCAUGUGAUCAAGGCCAGCGGCUUCAAUGGGAUGACAUGCACACUGUUCCAGAAGGCCACGCCAGACCGGGCACAGCUCAGCUUCAAAUGCAACGUGACCAGCACACAGUCCACCCUCGCUCAUAAGAACACCAUUGUGGAGGCGUCUCUGCAGCUGCCUGCCUCGCUCCUGUACUCGCUGGGUGCCAGCCAAUCAGAUGAGCCUGUCUACAAGCUCCACCUCCUGGCCUUCCGGAACGGGAAGUUGUUCCCGCCCACUGGGAACUCCAGUCACCAUGGUGACGCCGGACCGAGACGCAGCGUUGCCACACCAGUGCUGCUCACCAGGAUCGAUGGUGCUCCAGUGCGCCCCCUGGUGUCUGCGGUGAACGUGACGCUGCGGCGGUUUGUCCAGGGGUCGGAUGCGGUGGCCGGUCUGUGGAACUUCAGCCUUCAGGGUGGACGGGGCGCGUGGCAGACGGAGGGCUGCCGCAUCAGUCACCAUGACGACAACUACACCACACUCUCCUGCGACGUCCUCGGCAACUACGCCCUGCUGAUGGACCUGAGGCGGUCAGAGGAUCUGCCGUACACCUUCACUCCUCUCCAUCCAGUGGUCUACGCCACGGCCAUCGUGCUGAUGCUGUGUCUACUGGUCAUCAUCGGGAGCUACCUCUACCACCACAGGCGUGUGUGUGUGAGCCGUAAGUUUUGGCACAUGCUGGUGAACCUGUGUCUCCACAUCUUCCUCACCGUCGCCACCUUCAUCGGGGGCAUCAACCUAACCCGCUACGCCAGCGUCUGCCAGGCGGUGGGGAUUGUUCUUCACUACUCCACAUUGGCCACUGCGCUGUGGUCAGGUGUGACGGCUAGGAACAUCUAUAAGCAGGUGACCCGCAAGGCCAAACGCUACGAGGAGAUGGACGAGCCACCGCCUCCUCCCAGACCCAUGCUCAGGUUCUACCUGAUUGGAGGAGGGAUCCCCAUCAUCGUAUGCGGCAUCACAGCGGCAGCCAACAUCAAAAACUACGGCAGCCAGAUCACUGCCCCAUAUUGCUGGAUGGCGUGGGAGCCCAGUCUGGGCGCGUUCUUCGGUCCGCUGGCGUUCAUCGUGUUCGUGGACUGCGUCUACUUCCUGCUGAUCACACUGCAGCUGCACCGUCACCCCGAGCGACGCUACGAGCUGAAGGAGCCGCCCGGCGACGAGGCGCAGCACCUGGCUGCCGUGGAGACGACCCCCGACCCCCCCGCCCCCGCCCUGGAGAACGAGCAGAGCUUCCGCGCGCAGCUGGUCGGCGUGGCGACCACGCUGCCGCUCUUCCUGCUCCUGUGGGCGUUCGGCGCGCUGGCCGUGUCUCAGGACCCCUCCUGGCCCUCACUGGGGCUGUCCGGCUCCUGCCUGUUCGGACUGACCGCUCUGGCGCUGGCGGCCUUCCUGCUGUGGCACCACGGUGUGGGCCGGCGAGACCUGCGUCUGCUCUGGGCGCGCUCCUGCUCCUGUUGCCCCCGGCGACCGCCCCGCCACCCCCCCGCGCUCCUCGCCCCGCUCACGCUGCCGCCGUUGCCGGGGUCGACCGUCGCCAUGGUAGCGCCGCCGUCGUCGCGAGGGAGCGGCGAGGGGAAGUGUGGCCCCGCCCACAGCAGCACGGACUCCUGCUGCACCAAUAAGAACGCUCCGAGCCUGCGUCCGUCAGCCAAGCUGACCAAUCUGCAGGUGGAGGCGGCCCAGUGCAGGACUCCGCCCACCCUGCUGGACAACAGCCUGACGGAACACUCUCUGGACAACGACAUCAAGAUGCACGUGGCCCCGCUGGACCACAUGCUGCUGCGCCCCCCCCCCACCGUCGCCCCGAGCAACGUGUGCGGCCAGCCGCCUGGGGGGGCGGGGCCCGGGGUGGUGGGGGGCGUGGCUAACGGGCACGCGGUGAUGGGGGGCGUGUCUAACGGGCGGCACCAUAAGAACCGUGCGCGUGCGCGCGAGCGAGCCAGCCGACUGACCGUGCUGCGGGAGUACGCGCACGACGUGCCGACCAGCGUGGAGGGCAGCGUGCAGAGCGAGAGCGCCCCCCAGAGGCGCGGAGGAGGCGGACACCACGCGCACGCGCACACGCGGGCCAGCCGCCGCGCCGCCUACAUGGCCUACCGCCAGCGCCACAUGGCGCCCGACAGCAGCGACGGCAGCGCCAGCCUCACCCGCCGGCCGCGCCACGAGCGCCACGAGCGCCACAAGGCCACCUCCCACAGCCUGCCCCUGCCCACGGCCAGCGCCCACGCACACGCCAGCAGCCUCACGCUCACACACGCCACCAGCCUGACCACCGGCCUUGGCAACGGCCUGCCCACCAGUCUCACCGCCAGCCUGCCCACCAGCCUGGGCAACGCCGUGGGUCCGGUUCUAGGUUCUAGUGCGGACCCAGGGCUGGGCUCUGUGGUGCUGGACGAGCUGGGCUCUGGGCUGAGUAACGGGGCUGUGGGGAACUCAGCUGCAGUAGCCAGUGAGGCACUGCCCCACCCCCUGGACUCAGAGCCCCGCCCCAACGUGAUGCCCCUCCCCUUGGACACGGAGCUACGCCCCAAUGUGAUGCCCCUCCCCUUGGGUAUGGAGACCCGCCCCAACACGAUGCCCCUCCCCUUGGGUAUAGAGCCCCGCCCCAAUAUGAUGCCCCUCCCCUUGGGUAUGGAGACCCGCCCCAAAGCACAGAGCUACGGUCUGAACUUGGCCAGCGCCGCCGGACUGCAGAAGGACAGCAGCCCCCAGAACCCCCUCUCGCUCGGCCCCCAGAACCCCCUCAUACUCGGCCCCGACCGACCCGCCUCUGGAAACAUCAGAACUGGACUCUGGAAACACGAGACCACGGUGUGAACACAUGCGUGAAUCAAGACUCAAACAGACUCGUGUAACGACUCAAACAGACUCAUGUAACGAUGGCCGCGUAUAUAACGACUUAAACAGACUCAUGUCACGAUGGCCAUGUGAAUAACGACUCAAACAGACUCAUGUAACGAUGGCCAUGUGAAUAACGACUCAAACAGACUCAUGUAACGAUGGCCAUGUGAAUAACGACUCAAACAGACUCAUGUAACGAUGGCGCUGGUGUGUUUUGAUAUGUGAUUUUUAGAUUAUAACUUUUGUCAAGAAAUAGCCGCAUAAACACUUAUGUAUGUGAUGCUGGUCCCAGAAACUGACCCAUUACAUCACCACCGCCUGACCCAUGACGGCUCUGGGAUUGGGGUCUGGACCAUGGGAUGGUCCAUCAUGUGUGCGGGGGGGUCCACUGUGAGGGGGGGUCCACUGUGUGGGACAGUCCAUCAUGUGGGGGGUCCACUACUUUGUGUGUGUAUGUUCAUCCUCAUAGUCAGCUGCAGUUUUAUAUGUGAAGAUGCAUGACCCGCUUCUACACAAUAAACCAGAGUGUUUCAA